AUGUCCUUCAUGAGCUACAUGUGGUCUCUCUGGGGCCCCUCUCCCGCCUCCGCCGACUACACUCCGAGAGGUGGCAGCGGCGCGUCGGCCCAGCAGUUAGGCAGCGGGUUGUGGCCUCUCUCCGCUCAGGUGCGGGAGGAAAUGAAGAGAGGCACACGCUACAACAUGAAGGUUGUGCUGCGCGGCACCCGCGCCACCGGCAAGAGCACUUUGCUGGCGCGUCUGAGCGGCCACCCGCUGCCGGUGCGCUACACCCCGUCUACCGAGCUUAUCGCUUCGACAAUGCGAUUGCAAGGGGAGCUUUGCGCCCCGCACGAAGGGACGAAGGUCGACAUCUGGGAGGUAGUUGAGGAGGGUCGCCAGCGAUCUGCCUCUUCAUUGUCCGAAAACCCCGGCACUGAAGUGGCGGCCCAUGUCUCGACAGUACAGCUGCACGAGAUUCUGCGUCUGGCGACAGAUGCACGGUUGCUGGACAUAUACUCGAGGUGCCAACUCGUUAUAUUCAUGAUUGACCCUCGUCAGCGCAGCUCAUGGGAGUACGCAAAGCAGGAAACUCUGCACAUUCCACCCACGUGCUGCAUCCUGUACGCCCUGAACUUCUCCGAUGUGGGGCCACUUACUGCCACCAGCGAUACCGUCGCACUGGAUGAGGUGGAGUCAUGGUGUAACCGGGUGCGUCGAGCUACCACAGGCUUUAUACAUCGCGUGCUAGAGGGUCGCCAGGCUCCAGCUGAAUUCUCGGUGCGUGCCAUGACGGCGGUGCUGAGCGCUCAGACGGGUGCUGGAAUGCUGGGCGUCCUGCGAGCUCUGCACGUGGCCAGCACACUGGUACGCAUCACCGCUGAGGAGGUGCGAGUGCAGGAACUCUUAGCCCUCCUAGCGCGUCAGCAGGCCGUGUCUAUUGCUGAUUGCCAAUCAUUACCCACCCCACCAGUCGGCCCAGCAUCAGUUGAGGGCACCCAUGCUGACCAAUCGCCCGCGUCAGGGACGGCACCGUCUGUUGAGGCGCUGAGAACUGAGCCACACACCCAAGCAUCAUCACUGCCUCCGUUUUCCAACACUUCUGCAGGGUAUGCAUUGAAUACUGCAGCGCCCAGCUCAAUGAGAGAUGCUGCACAGGCACCACACCAUUCCUUUCUAGCGACUCCUGAGGCGAAGACAUGCACGACGCCAGCGUCGCAACCAGACUCGGGCGGCCUGAUAGUGCAGCACCGCUCCAGCACUGUCGUGGCUACUCUUCAUAAUAAAACAGGCGGCGCUCAGGGUGACGGGAAAGUCACCAACCCGUACCAGACCUCGGGCACCCGCCCGAUAAGCGACUCGGAGGCCAUGAGACUGUUUCUGGGCGCUAGCGACUCCGUUGCAUCGGGUAGGUCGUCACCCCACUCGUCCUCUUCCUCUGUAUCCGGUACGACGAGCGGCGGUGGCUGGGUGGGGACAACAUAUUGCCCCACCGCGCAUCUGCCCGUCGUCCCUAGUGCAGCGCCAUCAAUCGCAAAUCUAGCUCACGAAGGGCUGGCACAAAACAGCUCUGCUGCUGCCUGUGCCAACACAGGGGUCUCUGGCUUGACGCCUCCACCACUGUCGACGGAGCCGCCUUCCCCACUGCCCACUCCCCAGGUUGUGCGACCGCCAGCAGAGGAGCUGGUAGUCUCUCUGGCUACCAAUAUGGUGCACGACGUGAGUGUGCCUGUGGACAACUUCUUCGCUGAAGAGAGAGAGAAAGGCGAGUUGACUGACGAGGCUUCAGAGGGCGAUCCUGCGACACCAAUUUCUCCUGCACCACAGUCCGUAAGCCCUGUCUUGCGUACCGCCCGCACAUUGACAACACAGCGUGUAGUGCGGAGGGAAAGCAUGCACAUCUCUGGUCAAACAGCGGCCCCAGACCCUGUUUUUCACGUUGACGUGUCCACCAUCCUCGCGCAGAUGACGGCUGCUCUCACGGCUGAUGUGUCUAUCCCCACUGCAGGCGGUGAUUCUCACGAUGCAGUGCUGCAACACGCCACCCAGCUCGACUCCGCACAGCAGGAGGUGCUGUCGGUAAAGAGCGCGAAAAAGUUGCCGUACUCGGCGCCUGACAGCUCUGCCGCUCGUGGGCGCCACCACCACCACCACCACCACCACCGAAAGAAGCACCGUGAUGCGGCAAACAGGAACGCGACGACCGCCGUGACGGAGACACCGGAGAAGGUGGAUAAUGGAAGUUUUGACUUGGUUCUCGUGUAG